AUGGCGGGCAAGGCGGGCAAGGCGGGCAUAGCGGCCAACACCUGUCUCAAGUCUACGACGCGGGACGCGAGAGAGCUGCAAGUUGACAUCGGAUACAAGUCUAUCUGGAAAGCGGAAAUGAAACUGAAAAGGAUGCCUUUGCGACGUUCAGUGGUUUCCAUGGAAUCCUUCUGUGAGUGCACAAAGCGUCUGUUGCGUGCGACUUGUUUUGCUGACUUUCUCAGGACCGAUGCGACUGCCAGCUUCACCACUGCUGCAAAUGGCGCCGUGACGAACCUCGUCUGGCUGCUAAUUGUGGAGAAUGUCAUGACCGUUGGGGAUUGGGUUCGUGCCAGUGAACGCAAGGUCUAA